UUCUUAAAAGGGGAAAAAAGGAAAAGGGAAGCACAGAAAAGAAGAAAACUAUAUAUAUACAUAUCAUAAUAGUGUAUCGUUUACCGUCAAGAAGAAGGCUCCACAUAUGCUUAUCUUACCUCAAGGGGAGUCCUUCUGCUGGCGACACUUGUGGCCUGCGACGGUUCCAGCCGAUGCCCACUAGUCCUUGUAUGUCGUUUUUCUGUGAUUUUGUGGCUCCCCUGCCCUCCCUUCACUGAUCUCUAUUUAUUACGAAGCUUCACGCGUCAGGCGUGUUCGGUAAGUUGUGAGUGUUCGCCGUGCUCGAGGAAAAAAAAAAAAAAUUGCUGAGAAUGCCUGCUCUGCCCUUCGAGAUCGUCGAAGAUAUCCUCCGCCGGCUGCCGGUGAAAUCACUGAAGCGGUUCCGCGCCGUCGCCAAGUCGUGGUGUUUUCUCAUAGACAGCGAGCGUUUCGCCAAGUUGCAUUUGCAGCAGUCAUUGAUUUCGAACACCAAUCGGAGUCUGAUUCUCGGCGGGCUCGGGCUUUACCGGAUCGGUUUGGAUUCGCUCGAGGAGGCUGAGGUUAUCAAACCCCCGUUUUACUAUAGGAGUGUUGAUGGAAUCUCGAAUUCAUGCAACGGUGUGGUUCUGGUGAUGUGCGAGCCCGCUGUUCUCUGGAACCCUUUCUCUGCGGAUUUCAAAGUUUUGCCGGAAUGUUCUGAUGGAUCUCCGACGGAGGUGGAAUUGUACCCCAGGACGACGUAUGGAUUUGGCUACGUUUCGAGAACCGAUGAUUACAAGGUCGUUAGGGUUGUGGAAUUUAGGCAUAAAAUCAACCAUUUUUGGAUGUAUGCGGAAUCUUCGAUCUACAGCCUUAGAUCCAACUGCUGGACGAAAAUCGACAGUUUCCCUUACCCGCUACCGUUCUUGAGAGGACACUGGCGUGUGCACGUCAAUGGCGCGCUGCACACUCUCGAAAUAUCCGAUCUGAUGGACUCCGCGAGGAUAAUGGCCUUCGAUUUGGAUACUGAGAAGCAUAAUGAAUUGACGAUGCCUCCUGGAAUUCAAGCCAGGAACUUCGAUCUGAAUCUGGAUAUGAUUGGUGGGUGUCUUUCUGUGGUUUGCUCUCGCAGAUCCAGGGUGAUAGUGUGGGUGAUGAAAGAGUAUGGAGUGAAGGAAUCUUGGACUAAACUGUUUUCCAUUAGCUUUCCUGAAAUCGAAAGGGAUGAUUUCCUGAAGCUUCUGGUAUAUUCCCAGGAUGGGAAUAGGGUUCUGCUGAAUUGUGAUGACAAGAGGCUUGUUUGGUAUGAUUUGAGGAAGAAAACUGCUGAGAAAGUUUGUGUGGAAGGUAUACCUUUCGUGUUCUAUGCUGAAGCUUGUGUUGAGACGCUCAUUUCUCCUGACAGUUCUGGAGAGGUCAAGAAACUGCAACAUGUUGAAACCAAGCGGAGCCAGGAGAAAAGGAAGGUGCAGAAGAUCAGGAAUAAAAGGGACGAUUUCUUGUCAGAAGGAUUUAAGUUGGUACUCUAGGAAUUGCAAACAUACAAUAUACAGAGAGCGUAUUUAUGGAGGCUAAAGUGAAUAGCAAUGGACUCGGCUGCCAAGAAAUCAACCGGGGAAAGAAAAAGCUCACUCUAUUCUUCUGUCAAGGUUAACUACUCUAGCAAUCAACAUAGAUCUGUGGUUGCUGUUGGUGAGCAAAGUUGAAGUUUGGCUGGGUGACCUCAACAAGACCCGCGUGCUUAGUCAAGAUUGAAGGAUAGUUUUCUGAGUGUUGUCGGAAAGUCACUUGGCUGCGCCGCGGCCAACGACUCCCAUGGUGCUUCUUUUGUUACCAGCAACAGGAGAAAUUAAAGCACUCUAGGCUGGAGUAAAUAUGAAUAUCAACUAAGUAUCCUGUGGAUAUGUCUUUUUAACUAACUUUUUAAAACUCAUACUGACAUGAGAAUUAUCUAUCUUUUGAAGCACUAUGUAGUUUUGUCUUUGGUUAAUCUUAUGCUUGUGUGUUACUCCA